AUGAACUCGGAACAAUCCAUUCGACUUCGAAGAAGGGGAUCAACAUCUUUCGAUCCCUCACCUCAAGAUAUCGAUACGAUGGCUGCCAAUGGCUCAGCACCAACUUACGAGUCCGCUACUUCACCUCAAUCAGACUCUGUGUCCCCUCAUCUCGGUAGAUCUCAACCGCCUUGGACAGGAUCAGGAGAGGGUAGAAAACAUCAUAUAUAUUUCUCACCUCAUUUCCCAUCUGAUACAAGUUGGAUGGCAAGAUAUGGUCCUCCUCCUAGUGGCGUUAUCGAUCAUACCGUACAUUGUGAAGAUCUAAGAUCUAGUGCCUAUUUAUCCAGAGAUAGAUGGGGUGAUGCUUCGGAACGACAUUCCAACGCGACUAUGUCAAUUGAACUAACGCCUAAGAUCCAAAAUGAGAUGAACGAAUACGCUCAGAUGGUAGCGGACGCUUCUACCGGUUCGUUCUUUUUGGAUUGUAAAGGUCUUGCAGUAUCGCCGAAUACAUUAGAACGAUUUAAUGAAAUUAGAGAUACGUGUAGGAACGAGGGGACGAAAGGAUGUUUGGUUUAUUCUAAUGCGAUCAAGACGAGACGAUCGUCCAGGGGAUCCAUCUUCCCUGGUUGGACGUCCUCCACCGCUGAAGAGAAGAAAUGGACAAUGAGGUGCUAUAUUGACCAUUCAAGACAGGUUGAUACUCAGGCUACGCAUGAGUCUUUGAGACAAGUGGCAGAGAAGUUGAAAGAAUUGAGCGAAUCUGUAACAAUCAGGUCGAACGAUAUUCAUGGACCUCUCAAGGGCUUUGCGAUACCUCGAGAAGUCUCAACGUAUGCGGUAGAACAGGGUGUACUGGAUGAGUUAAAGUCGUGCGAUCCUGUCGUAUUGACCAAUAGCGUCGAUUCUGGAGUCUUCACGAGAAGACCCACCUAUUAG